UCCUGCAUUUAUUAGCUGUCUGACUCCGGAUUCUUCAAAAGUAAAAUGAGGGUAAUAAUGGCACCUUCUUCCCAGGGUGGUUGUGAGGAGCACGUGAACGAAAGAAUAAUUGUGAAAACACUUGGCUAGUGAGAGACUCCACCACACAAUGCUUUUUCCCUUUCUCCCGAAUUCUAAAACGAAGCAAUUGUCCCCUUUUGCCCAAGAGAGCAGGUCUGAAUCACUGGGUAGGCUGUGCCGGUUUUCUGCAUUAGGUGGGGGUACGGGCCGUUCACACCCAAGUCCUGACCUCCUGGAAGACUCCCUUCUCUCGCUAAUUGCAGACCACUCCCAGAAUCUUUGCCAAGAAAAGUCCACUAUGGGGUCACUACUGAAAAGCAACAAUGACUUGCCCACCGUCAUACAGAUCUUCCUGAAUCCGGGCCCCGUGAUCUAUCCAUUGCACCAUCUACCUGCCCCAUCUGGCAUACAGGAAGCGAUUAAUAAAUGCUUGCUCGGCUGAAUAGAGUUGAAAUGAAAAGGCUCGGGGUGUGGGGGGGGGGAGGUGAGAAUUUCGGAAGUGUACCUUGUAGGGAUGGGUUUCUCGAGACUGAAGGAGUUGUACAGGAGAUAGAUGUACUUGGGGGGAGGUCUUAUGGGAGAGUGCCAAUACCAGCUGGUUCCCCUGGGGCGGGGUUGGGCAGGGCAAAACCGGGUAGGACCUCAGCUUCCGAGUCCGCUCCUUCUCAGCGGCGCGCCUCCCGGACAAAGCCUGCGCAUUUUCAAGGCGGUGAUUGGCUGUGGGUGACGUGCUGACCGCCCCCCUCAGAUACGCAGGCCGGGGCCGGCGCACCGUAACCAAUGGCAGAGCUCGGCGCCGGCGCUUCCCUGUAUCAAUCUCGGAACUGCCAGCCAAUGGAAGCGCCGCUAUCCGGCUCGUGCCCCUUUCGCGGCAAAAAGGAUUUGGCGCGUAAAAGUGUCCGGGACUUUGCGGGGAUCAGCUGGAGAGACCAAAACAAGCUCCCAGUCCUGGCCCCUGUUCUGUCCUCCAGUCUCCCGCCCCGGCUCCAUCCGUCUGUGCGGAUCCGAUCACUGCUGAACCCGGGAGUCCAGGACCGCGCAUGGGCCAGGGCCCUCUCGGAGCCUCCAGCAGCUCGCGCCCCGGCCCGGGUCCGGGGCCCUGAGCCCUAGCCCGGCAGGCCGGGCCGAGCUGGGGACUAUGGACCUGGCAUCCGGAGCGGGCUCUAGUGCCGAGACCCCCGGCAGGGGAUAGGGCCCCGAGCGGCAACUGCUGAAGCCCGCCCAGCCUCGGGCCGCGCCGCGCCCCGCCCCGGCCCUCCCGGCCCCGCCGGCCAGUCCCUGUUCCUGGGAUGUGAACCAGCGCCCGGGGUAGCGAGCGAGCCAGCGGAGCCGCCAUGGCCCUGGACGGCAGCGGCGGCGGUGGCGGCACGUGCGUGGCGGAGCUGGAGGCCCUGCUGGGGGCUGGGGGGCUGCAGCUGCUGGAGCAGCAGAUCGUCAUCAUCUCCACCCAGGACGAAGGCCCGCUCAGCGCUGCCGCCGUCCCGGUCACAACAGAGGGGCCCCGAGAGGCCGAGUUGCUGCUGUUCGCAACGCCCCAGGCGCCCCGGCCGGGAGCCAGUGGACCCAGGCCUGCCCUGGGCCGGCCUCCGGUGAAAAGGAAACUGGACUUGGAAACAGACCAUCAGUACAUAGCUGAAGGCAGCCAGCCAACCCGGGCCAGGCCCAGACCCCCUGGCAAAGGUGUGAAGUCCCCAGGGGAGAAGUCUCGCUACGAGACCUCACUGAACCUGACUACCAAACGCUUCCUGGAGUUACUGAACCAGUCUACGGAUGGCGUGGUGGACCUGAACUGGGCAGCCGAGGUGCUGAAGGUGCAGAAGAGGCGCAUCUAUGACAUCACCAAUGUGCUCGAGGGCAUCCAGCUCAUCACCAAGAAGUCCAAGAACCACAUCCAGUGGCUUGGGAAUCAUUCUGUAGCCGUCAAUACCAGCAAGCAGCAGAUGCUAGCUAAGGACUUGCAUCAUCUCCAGGAGGCUGAGAGGCAGCUGGAUGACUUGAUCCAGAUGUGCACUGUUCAGCUCAAACUGCUCACUGAAGAUGCCGACAAUCAGCACUUAGCCUAUGUGACCUGCCAAGACCUACGAAGUAUAGCAGACCCUGCAGAGCAGAUGGUGAUGGUGAUUAAGGCCCCACCUGAGACACAGCUACAAGCAGCAGACCCUGCAGAGGCAUUCCAGAUCUCCCUGAAAAGCAGCCGAGGUCCCAUCGAUGUGUUCCUGUGCCCCGAGGAAAGCUCGGAUGUGUGCAGUCCAGUGAAGAGUCCCUUUAAAGCAACUCCUGAGGAUUCUGGCCUCAGUCUGGAGCCCACUCUUCCCCCCCAGCCACCGCCACCACCUCCAAGCCCCCUCACAGCCUCCACGCAGGAUGGCAACUUGCCCCUGCUCACCAGCGAGCAAGAACACCUCCUGUCCAGGGCAAGCCCAGCAUCCCUCAGAGCCUCGACAGAAGAUGGACGCUUGUCUCCACUAGUGUCUGUGGACAGCCUCUUGGACCAAGUGAAGGAGGAUUUCUCCAGCCUCCUGCCAGAUGAGUUCAUCAGCCUCUCCCCUCCUCAGGGCCAGGACUAUCACUUUGGCCUGGAGGAAGGAGAGGGCAUUAGGGAACUCUUUGACUGUGACUUUGGGGAUUUCACCCCCCUGGAUUUCUGACACAAAGCAACAGGAAGCUCCCCAGACCCACAGAUAGGUCACGGAGCUCAGAGAGUAGAAGGGGGACAUCACAAUGACCAGGAGGAUGACUUAAGUCAAAUGAAAAGGGUCAGAUUCCUGGAGAGGCUUGGCUGCUGUCUGGGUGUCCUUGUACAUGGAGGAAAGCAUGUGGGCAGCCUUCCCUGGCCAUCACCAGCUUUCCCUUCCUACAUGCUUGGAAAUACUCAAAGCUGCUGUAGCCCCAGGCCUAUUUCCCUUUCUCCUAUCUUAUCCUUUCUAAGACUUCCCAGGAGGGGAUCUCUGCCCUGACAGGGAGUCUAUCCUAUUGAUCUGAUUUUGUCGCAAAAGCCACCUAAUUUAUUUCCCCCUUUUUUGGUCUUCUCUUCCCACCCUCUUGGGAUUUAGAGCACCCAGUGAGUACCCCAGGAGGGAAGGAGCUGGUGAUAGAUGGGGGUGCUUUUGUGUGAUGGGAGUGUUAAGUGCACUUUUGCUCAUCUUCUCUAUAUGGAGGGCUUGGAGACUGCCGGCCAGGCAGGACCUGAGUCCUAGACCCAUCUCAGAGGGGGUGAGGGCUUGAUGGCUUCCUCCCAGGAGGCUUUCCCCCAACCAACCAACCAGCCAGUGCUGGAUGAAAGAUUGCAGCACCUCUUUGGAGGUACAGGCUGCAUGGAGAGAGCACUUUUGUCGUCUUAAAAGGUUAUUUUUCGCAAAGCUUUACUGAAAUGCAGUGUGUGCAAACUUAUUUAUUUAUUGAAGUUGGCCACAGCCGGCCCCCACUUCCCAGGUGGAAUGGGAGCUGGGGAACCAGCAUCCCUGGGGGGCAGAGGUCCGUGUGGCCCAUGCGUGUCAAUUCAGGCUCAAAGGAAGAGGUAGAGGAACAGGAGCUCCUCAGCCUCUGGGGCCCAGGGAAGAAAGUCGGUCACGAAGGAAGAGGGGAAGAGUCCAAGAGGGAUCACCCCUGAGUAGAAGAAUUUCGACGUCUUGACUUUAUUUAUUUAUUGGGAAUGGCAAGAGGAAGAAAGUCAUAGGCCAGGAGCAAAGAGAGACUCUAGGAGAAGUAGGAUAGCUCAGUGAAAGGAGGACGAAGGAGAGAAUUGGCUGCACCAAGAGACUGGUCAGCUUUUGAAGGCUAGAGCCAGAGCUGCAGCUGGGACCUGGGCUUUUCGGGCUUGGGUACGAUGGGAAAAUCGCUGCGCCAGGAUCAGAGGCAGGGUUGUCAAAGCUCGGUGGAGGAAGCGAUGACAGGAGGAGAAGCACGUUUGCAGAGUUGGAGAAGUGACUCCUGGGGGGAGGGGUGGAAGGAUCUUCUCCCUUGCCCUAUCCUUACCAUAGGAGGUGGAGAACAGUUAGCACAGGCCGAAAGCAGCCUGAGGUCCUCACUUUGCUUCUGGCCUGAAGCCUGACCAGGCAUUUUUGGUAGCUAGUGGGCUGGAGAGAGAGAGGGAGGUAGAUAGUCUCUGCCCUGACCUCUGCUGUCGCUGCCCCAGGCUGGUGUGUGCCAGCCUCUGAGGACGUGGCCCCGUCGCCGAGGCCUAACAAGCUCUCCCUCUCCUUUCUUUACUUUCCCAGAUUCUGUUUCACCAUUUGGAUGGUGGGAGAGGAAAGAGCCUUGUCUGGGUUGGCCGGGGCCUCUCCGAGGUGGGGUCUCCUAGGCAGGGCGAGAUGAUGCAGGAGAAAGGCUCAGACUAAAAGACUAGGAGAACGUUUCAGAGGCAAAUCCCUGAUUCCCUACCUCUUCCCAGUCCUCCAAUUUCCAGUGUUUUCUCAGCUCUGUUCAACUGGAGGAGGCUUUGGUUUAGGGUCUGUGGGGACAGGGGCAGCACAAUUGGUGCUGGCUUUUUGUCUUUGGGGGGGUGGGCCAGCUGCUUAUAGGACCCAGUCCUCUCCCCAGCCACAGAUUUGCCUUUCAGAUGAGUAUCUUAUUGUGCUUUGUUUUCAAUAAAUAUUUUGAUGAUG